AUGCCUUUGUGCUCUACUACAACCAUGGCCGAUAACACAAUCAUCGGGAAUUCUGGCAGUUUUCUGUGGGAGCAACUCUUUUCCUUCGGCGGUCUCGUGAUCCCUGCUUUGCUGCUCGGAGCAGUAGUCCGGGUGAUUAGGAACCAAAAAGCACGGCAAAGGCUGACUCUACCAGUUGUUGGGAAGAAGACGGACACAGACUUCCGAUCAGCGCUAGGUGAGGGUCGACAAUUGUAUCUGGGCAAGGCGUUUGCACUUCCGUCUGAGCCUCCCAUCGUCAUACUGCCGCACAAACUGAUCAACAAGCUCAAGUCAGCCCCAGAGUCACUACUUUCCGCAGAUAAAGAAGUAUGUCGCCGCGGCCUGGGCCAAUACACCGAUCUGGGCACUCCUAUGCCAGAGCUGUUUCACGCCAUUCAGGUCGAUCUUACGCGUCAUUUGCGGGAUCUCGUUCCUAUCAUGCAAGAGGAAGUGACUUAUGCGUUUGACAAGAAUUUGCAUUUUGACGCCGGCGAAGAAUGGAAAGAGGUGACAGCCUUUGUCUUUAUCAAGCGCAUUGUCACCAUCAUGAACGCUGUCGCUUUCGUGGGGAAUCAUUUAUCAAGGAACGAAGAGUGGCAAGAGAUUGCCUACAACUACUCUAGUGAUCUUCGGCGAGCGUUUGACGCACUCAAUGGUUGGCAUCCGUGGCUUCGGCCAAUCGUUCACCCCUUCAUCUUCCGGCGCAUUGGGUUCAAUGCCAGGCGACAACGAGUGGCUGACAUGUUGCAACCAUUGAUGCACGAGAGCGACAUGGAGGCAGCUAGAGGCCAUUCUCUGAUGGACUUUGUUCGCAAACGACUUGGACAAGCUCGAGCCGAGGACUCUUGGCACCUUGCGAGAACGCAACUUCGUGCGGCUCUUGCUGGGUCAGAUACAGUGGCCCAGGCUUUGACGAACGCCGUUUUUGACAUUGCUUCAACGCCGGAUUAUGCUACUGCCCUUCACGAAGAGCUGAUCUCGGUCACUUCGGCAUUGCCCACGGGUCGCUGGGACAUGGGGAUGUUGAGGAGGAUGUCGAAGAUGGACAGUUUGCUGAGAGAAUCCGCCAGGAACUACGCGCCAUUUCUAGUUGCCAUGGGCCGUAUCACGACGUCACCGUUAGCCUUGGACGAUGGGUCUGUGGUGCCCAAAGACACUACCGUCUACUUCGACAUGUACCACGCUCAUAGAUCAUCGGAAGUGCAACAUAACACCGACACAGCCGCCUACGACGGCUUUCGCUUCAGCAAAUUGCGAGAAAACGAAGGCUCUCCGAACAAGUAUCUGGCAGCCACCACUGGUCCUGAUAACCUGCCUUUCGGCCACGGGGCUCAUUCCUGCCCGGGCCGGUUCUUUGCUGUGGCGGAGAUGAAGAUUGUUCUUGCACACCUUUUACUUAAUUACGAUAUAAGAAUCAAGUCUGGAGAAAGGCCCAAGACUAGCUACUGGGGAAUGGCUGUGGUUAUGGACAGAAAUGCCAAGGUGUUGAUUAGAAAGAAACAGCCGCACUUAGGAUAG